UGUGUCCGUGUGUCCGUGUGUGUGUGUGUGUGUGUGUGUGUGUGUGUGUGUGUGUGUGUGUGUGUGUGUUACAGGCCGGAGAUGGACUCUGAGUGGACGUAUAUCCGUGAGCCAGUAGAGUCCCACUCCAUGGUUCUGAAAGGUCUGAUCCCUGAUACUGGGUACCAGUUCAUUAUAAGAUCUGUUAAUGAGCACGGAAUCAGCCCACCCAGUCCAAUCAACCCCCCAGUACACACCCUGGCUGUAGUUGAAGCAGGUAGUGGAGAUCACAGACCCCACACACCCCACAGUGCCGACGCCCCAGACGUGGAGGAUGAGACUUUUAGUAUUGAUGAUUCUGAUUACGAUAUCGUCAUAGAUGAGAUUAAGCAGUUUUCUACCAUGAAGAACAGCAGACGUUCUCAGCUCCGGUCACACGGUGCUGUUACAGAUAACGGACACGUUACUCACCGAAUAAAUGCACCUCGGUACUCGCUGGUCCUUCAGAACACACCGGGAUCCAGUACAAUGUCUGAUCUUCAAUUUACACCCGUAUCCAGGAACACAUCUGAAUCUAGAAGCACUCAUGUUCUUAAAAACACACCUGAGAACCAAAUGACACCUCAGUCUGUCUUCCAAAACACACCUGUAUCUAUAACUACACCUGUUCCUGGGAACUACACCUCACUUGGUGGAGUCUGGACGUUUACGGCGACACCUACACCCACCAGGGCUGCACCUACAACGAACUCCACUAUUUCAACCACAGCCUCGACCUCGUCCAUCACCGACUCCACAGUGACGGCAGAUAAACGUCCAAAGCCCCGAGUGUUCGACACGUUAUGCGACCGGACCGUCUGUCCCUCCGACAGCUUCUGUGUCAACCACUACGACAGAGGAGGCUCCCGAUGCCACUGCAACCUGGGUCACCAUGGAGUCCUCUGCUCACAAGGUGUAUCUAUCAGGUUUCCAAGGUUUUAUGGAUACUCACAUAUGACGUUUGAGCCCCUGAGGAACUCGUACCAACUCUUCCACAUCACACUGGAGUUCAGAGCAGACUCUGAAAACGGUUUGUUGUUGUACUGUGGAGAGGAUGAACGUGGUGGAGGUGAUUUCAUCUCUCUCGCCCUCAUACGCAGGAAACUUCACUACAGGUUUAACUGUGGCACAGGGGCAGGGCAGAUGAUUAGCCAGAGCUUGAUUGUGAUUGGUCGGUGGUACAACGUUACAUUAUACAGAAACGGUGUUAAUGGCUGGCUGCAACUCGACAACAACACACCUGUGUUAGGACGCUCACAGGGUCACUACAGUAAGAUAACCUUCCGUACACCUCUGUUUGUGGGCGGAGCUCCCAGUGUUUACUGGCUCGUGAAGGCGGUGGGAACCAAUCGUGGCUUUCAUGGGUGUGUCCAGAAACUGUUAAUCAAUGACAGACCUGUUGACCUCAGACCCUGGCCUCAGGGACAUGCCCUCAGCGGGGGGGACAUCGGUGAGUGCAGUACCAGUGUGUGUGUUGAGGUGGUCUGUAAAAAUGGUGGAAUUUGUUACCCAACCAGUGCCAACACAUUCAUCUGCCUCUGCCCACUGGGGUACAGAGGAGCUCAGUGUGAAGAGAGUUUUGUGCUGACACUACCCCACUUCAGUGAGAGGGUCCAGUCGUACGCCAGCGCUCCCUGGCCUCAGUCCUUCCACUCCUAUCUGUCAUUUAUGGAGAUCCAUGUUACUUUCAGACCCACCAAUCAGGACGGGACGUUGCUGUACAGUCACGAUUCCUACAGCCGUGACUUCCUGUCAAUCAUCCUGGUGGGCGGGGUUGUGGAGUUCCGCUUCGAUUGUGGCUCCGGGGCCACCAUCAUCAGGAGUGAGCAGCCGGUCAGUAAGAACGUGUGGCAUGACCUGAGAGUCUCUCGCACAGCUAGAAGUGGAAUCCUGCAGGUGGAUGAUCAGAGACCAGUAGAGGGCAGCACUGAGGGUGCGUUCACUCAGGUUAAAUGCACGUCUCCUCUCUUCGUCGGUGGAGUUCCUGAUUACGAAGAGACGAAGUUGAGCGCUGGAGUAACACAGCCAUUUAGUGGAGACGUUCAGAGGAUCACUCUGAAUGACCACCCGGUCGUCAUAGCAACGGGGCACGCGGUGGGCGUGAACGUGAUGAACGCGCCUCACCCGUGUGUCCAGAACCCGUGUGCUAACGGAGGAACAUGUCGACCCAAACGAGAGGGGUACGAGUGUGACUGUCGGCUGGGGUACGCCGGUUCACACUGUCAGAGAGAGUGUGAGAACUACUGCUAUAACGCAGUGACUGAUGUGAUUGAGAUUCCUCAGUUUACUGGACGCAGCUAUUUAACCUACGACAAUCAGGACAUUCUCAAAAGGGUAUCAGGUUUGAGGACGAGUGUGUUCCUUCACUUUAAAAGUUUGGCUGCAGACGGACUGUUGUUGUGGAGAGGAGAGAACACAGGAACCAACCACACCGACUACAUCUCUAUAGGACUACAGGAGGGAGCCCUCGUCUUCAGUUUUAACCUGGGCAGCGGUUCUGCAUCUGUGCUGGUCAACGGAACCUUCAGUGAUGGACGGUGGCACAGAGUCAAAGCCGUCAGCUCAGAACCCUGAAACCCUGAAUCAGAACCACAGACACUGAAGGUCAUUUAUUCAUCACUGUGGUGUUGAAACGAUGAAGAACCGUGUCAUGCGGCUGCAGAUCUCAUCAGGACGUCAUCAGGCGUUCGCUUUGGUCCUGAUCUUUGAUCUUCCUCACGUCAUGGAACGAGAAGAAGGAAGCAAGAAGAACGGAAACGUGAGGUCUCUGCAUCAGGACAGAACGUUUCUGUAGAUUCUGUUUACAGCUAAUAAAAUCCUUCCUGCAGAAGGUCCAGGUUCAUCUGCAGAAGGUCCAGGUUCAUCUGCAGAAGGUCCAGGUUCACCUGCAGAAGGUCGAGGUCCACUGCAGACUGAGCAUGACAGCAGGUGUUUUCAUUAAGAGAACGAAAUGCACUUCAGACCAGAGAACUUCAGUUUGGUGAAACCUGCGAGCUCCUUAAGUUCACCAGUCAUUUAGAAUGAGAUGUUCAUCAAACACAUGGGUCUGAUUUCAGGUCUUCACAGAUCUUUAACCAAACAGUCUCUCUCUCUGUUUUUCUCUCUCUGUCUCUCUCUCUGUUUUUCUCUCUCUGUCUCUCCCUCUCUCUGUCUCUCUCUAUCUGUCUCUCUCUCUGUCUCUCUCUCUGUCUCUCUCAGUAGAGAUGGACAGUUCGGUAAAAUUACGGUGGACGAUUAUGGUGCUCAGACGGGACGAUCAGCAGGAAACAUGAGACAGCUGAACGUUAA